UACAAAUUACCUACUUGUCUUUUAGUAUCUUACCCUCUGCGUUGUCAUAGUUACCAUAAUUUAUCGAUUUAUCAAGUAUUUUAGGUGAAUUCAUGAGAAUCUAAACAAAAUGGAUUUUGUAGUAGAUAAAGUAUCAGAAGACUCAUUCUUUAUUAAUGUGUUAGCUGGAUUGCCUCAGCAGUUAGAUAAGUUUAAAAAGCUCGGCAUAAUAUCCCGUCAUUUAUCGCGGAAGCUACCAGCUUCGCAUUCGGAAAUCUGUGCAUGGGAACAGAAACAAAGCAUUCUUCUACCUGAAGAUCUACGUAACUUUUACAAUUCCUGCAACGGAUUCCUGUUCACCUGGACGUUUAGAUUCGGCAAUGCAGCCAAUGAAGUUACUGGUCGCCUACAGGAAGUGCUAUUGGUCUAUUUGAAUUCUCGGUAUUCUCCCACAAUCUGGGUUACAACCGGUCCACAAGAAUUUUACUUCCUGUCAGACGAUUUUAGAACCUAUUUCCGCAUGUUGCUCGUCCACAUCGGCAUUCCAGGCUGGCAGCUUUUAUUCACACCACAAGGCGUUCCUCAAUGGGCCGAGAAUCUAUUAAUCCAGCUGCUGGUGCCGCACUUAAUCCAGCCAGGUCGCCGUCAGUCUACAAAAAGCAAAGAGAAAGAAAUCACACAAGAACACUUUGAGAUACCUGUGAAUAGAUUGGACCUCACUUUAUUUAAAUGUAUCUUCCACGAUUGCCGCAUGGUUUUGCCGCGUGUGGUGGAAAAAGAAAGAUGCGCUGAUAACGCCAACAAAAACAAAACGAGAUAA